ACUUCACAUAUUUUUUGAUGUGCUGCCAUUACAUAGCCUUUAAAUGAAACAUGUAGCAGAUACUGAGUUUAUUUUUGAAUCUAUUUGAUAAUACAAAGUGCUUAAUUUAACAUCUGCGAUGAGAUUACAGUUUUCUCAGUGUUUUCCAAAGUGCUUCCUGUAUUGAGCCUUUCUCUCUACAAAUAUGGAACUGUUGAACUACAAGACUUUGCUUUUAAUUCUGAAUUUGGUAACAGGCCAGUGGUGUCAGAAAAUGCUGUCAGAACUGAAGAAAUGUGGUGAUCCUGAAUGUGAAGGAACAAUAAGCAGAGUUCAAGCCAAAAGAGACUUCAAAGGUCCUGACUGCAGGUAUCUGACCUUCAAAGCUGGAGCUGUAAUCUUUGUGUACUACAAACUUUCAGGAAAAAGGGACGACUUAUGGGCUGGAAGUAUUGACAAAGAAUUUGGAUAUUUUCCAAAGGAUGCAGUUAAUCUUGAAGAAGAAUAUGUGUCUAAAAAUGUGGACAUUCCAACUAAGGAAACAGAUUUCCUUUGUCUCAAUGGAGAAGAAUAUACUGCUGAAAGUGAAGAUGACAGUGAAUUUAUUGAAAACUUUGAUACACGACUAUCAGGAAAUCCUAAUACAGAACAUGAAAUCAAAGACUACUUUCCAGAUGCUCAUCUUCAAAAUCACAUGCAUGUUUCAUUUCAAGGCUCACAACCCAAAAGUGUAGACCAUCAAAUCACAGGUUCUGUGAAUGGCUUAAAUCAGGAACUUGAAAGGAAGAAUAUCCACGGCUAUGUAGAUCUUUCAGACACUUUAAAUGACAGAGAAGUGAAAAGUGAUGCCAAAAGACAAGAUACUGAUAACUCAUAUGUUGAUUCAAGCUGGAUAGGCUCUCACGUUAAGGGAUGGCUUGGUGUAGGAAAAAAUGAAGGCCAAAAAGACAAACCUGUUACUGAAUCACUGAGGGAUAAUUCUUUCAAAAGCAGAAAAAUUACUUUAGUCGAUGAGCUUAAGGAAGAAGAUGAAAAAGUAGAGUCUGGACCUGAAAAAUCCAGCUGGUUUGGUGGAGGUGUAACAGAGUUUCUUGGAUUUGGUAAAAAAACAGCAGAGCCAGACAUAGUCAGCGAAACACAGACAGACAUCACCUCCAGAGAUUUUGUAUCUGAGAAUGGUGUGCAUCAAAAAGAAGACAGUACGGAAAUCUUAAAUGCACAUAUGCUUACUGAUAGCCAGAUAAAACAGACUGAAGAAGUGAUGCACAAGUCAGAAAAUGUGCAGUUAAAACAGGUCCCUAACAAUGAAGAAUCAAAGUCAAGCUGGUUUAAUGUAGACUUAGGCAGUAUGUUAAAUUUUGGACAGACAACAGGUAAAAUACCUGAUGCCAGUUCUAUCCAGCCUAAAGCAGAAAUAAUUGCAGCUUCCGAAGAAAAUCUCCAGAAAACAGCAGAAAAGUUAAUAACUUCUGCUGACACUCUUCAACAUACAAAGGAGGAUGAUACAAUGCCUGAUGACUCUCUUCAGCAAGAUAAAACAAAAGAGUAUGAAAUAUCUGGUAACAGUCUACCUCAAUAUAAAACUGAAAAGGAUGUGAUAUCUGACAGCACUCAUCUGCAACAUAAAACAGAAGAGUUUACAUCUCAAAAUAAUCAGGAAGUAUUCAUAACUGAUGAUGAAUCUAAAAGAGACACUAAAGAAAACAAAGAGAAAUCUGGUAUUUUAAACAAUGAUGAUACACAAAAAACAGAUAUUGAGACAAAGGAAAAGAGCAGAUGGCAAUAUAUGAAUAUUGCUAAUCUUAUAAAUUUAGGUGGCAGUCAGCAUGAAAAAAAUGAAUUUCAGAAUGCAGUAAAAAAGAAGGAAUGUCCAGAUAUGUAUGAAAAAGGGGCAAGUGAGGAGCAUAAGGAUAAACAGCAAAUAGAAGAAUCGGUAUAUAAAAGCAAGGAUCAGCCAGAAUUUACAGUCCUAGAAAAUAUGGCAAAAGCCUCUGAAACAUCUUUUGGCAAUGCCCAAACAGAAGAGAAAAAGGAUGGCAUACAGCAAUAUGAGAAUGAUGCUAAAAGAGCUCCUGACCAGAGUUUGUUUUCUACAAAAACAGUUCAUCAUGAACAUACUAGCCUGAAAACUCCUUUAAAACAACAUCAGAAAAGUAUCCACCAACCAAAGCCAGACACAGUUUCACAGGUGACUUUAGAACAAACAAGUCAUGAAUAUUUGGGAAACAUUACUCCAAGCAGAAAUGAUGCUUCAUUACAGAGUGUCAGUCAAAUUUCAGAGGAUGCUGUUUCUCAUACAGAUGAAAAAAACACUUCUUACCAGAAUAUAUGGAAUAUAUUUGACAUGAUUAGCAUUUUAAGACCAAACUGGACUAAAUUACAGUCAUCAACAAAAAAGUUGUCACUAAACAUAAUUAAAACAGAAUGCCAAGACACUGCUAUAGCAGACUGGCACUGA